GUUUCAAGCUGAGAGGCAUAAUAAGGCCGCUAGGCAAGAAACACCGCGAUAAACUUGCCGCAAAAGCUCAGGCCCCAGUCUCCUUCGGGAGUCGGGCCAUACAGCAGCAUUAUUAUUAUUAUCAUCGACAGUCACCACUCCUGCUUUUUCUGAGCUGGCCGUGAUUCUACUGUUGAGCGAUAGGAACCCACCACAUCUAAUCCUCGCGGCGUUCUCACGCUCGCAUCCAUUUCCUUCCCUUCCCUUCUUCCUCGUUCACCCUCUCAUCUCCACUCCGAAUGGCGUUCUCAAUGGCCGCCCGGCCCUCGGUCACCCGAGCUCUCGCUUCAAUUGCACCGGCGACCAGCUUCAAGCGCGCCUACACAGUCGCACAACGGCAAUCGGCCUUCCAGUCACCCGUCAGGUCCGCCAUCAAGUCCUCCCAUGAGUCGUCAAUCCUCCAACGCCUCAACGCCUCUGGACAAUUCCGCCGCGUGCACGCAGAGCUGAGCCCGAAGCCGCCGAAGAAGAAGGCCGGAUUCUUCCGAUGGCUUCUGCGUCUCACAUAUCUCGGCGUCAUCGGCGGAGUGGUCUACACUGGAUAUGGCAUCUACCAGAACCGCCAUCCUAUCGAGCAGCAGGCGCCUGAUCCGAGCAAGAAGACCCUGGUCGUGCUGGGCACCGGCUGGGGUGCAGUGUCUCUUUUGAAGAAUCUCGAUACCGAAAACUACAAUGUCGUCGUCAUCUCCCCGCGCAACUACUUCCUGUUCACUCCUCUCCUGCCUUCAUGUACCACUGGCACCAUCGAGCAUCGCAGCAUCAUGGAGCCUAUCCGCAACUUCUUACGCCACAAGGUCGCCGCUGUCAAGUACUACGAAGCCGAGGUCACCAAGAUCGAUCAUGAGAAAAAGGUGGUGUACAUGAGCCCUGAUUCAGACUCUGCCGGUCAACUUGGUCAACAGGAACUCGCUUACGAUAUGCUGGUUGUCGGCGUGGGUGCCGAGAAUGCAACUUUCGGUGUCAAGGGCGUACGCGAGCAUGGAUGCUUUCUGAAGGAGGUCGGCGAUGCGCAGAAGAUUCGCAAGCGCAUCAUGGACUGCUGCGAAACUGCCACACUCAAGGACCAAUCCCCUGAAGAGGUGAAACGCUUGUUGCACAUGGUCGUAGUUGGCGGUGGUCCAACCGGUGUGGAGUUCGCCGGCGAGCUCCAAGACUUCUUCGAGAACGACCUCAAGAAAUGGAUUCCCGAAAUUGCCGAUCACUUCCGUGUCACUCUGGUCGAAGCUUUGCCCAACGUCCUGCCCAUGUUCUCCAAGAGCUUGAUCGAAUACACCGAACAGACCUUCAAGGAAGAGACCAUUGAGAUUCGCAACAAGACCAGCGUGAAGAACGUCACAGAGAAGUACAUUGAGGCCGAAUACACCGAUGCGAACGGACAGAAGCAAGUCGAGAAGAUCCCGUACGGCCUUCUCGUUUGGGCCACUGGAAACGCCGUCCGCCCGGUAGUCAAGGAUCUCAUGUCACAAAUUCCCGCCCAGAAGGAUUCCCGUCGUGGCUUAGCUGUCAACGAAUAUCUUGUGGUUAAGGGCACCGACAACAUCUGGGCCGUUGGUGACUGCGCUGUUGCUAACUACGCUCCAACUGCUCAAGUCGCAAGUCAAGAAGGAGCCUUCCUGGCCCGGUUAUUCGGACAGAUGGCAAGGACGGAAGAACUCGAGUCGCGUUUGGCGCUCCUCUCCGAGGAGCAGAGCCGCGCGGCCAAGAAGGAGGACCGUGACGAAAUUCUUCGUGAGAUCAAGGAGCUGCAGCGCCGCUUCCGUCGCGUCAAGCAGAUGGGUCCCUUCGAAUACUCGCACCAGGGCUCUCUGGCCUACAUUGGCAGCGAGAAGGCCGUUGCCGACAUCUCCUGGCUCACCGGUAACUUGGCCAGUGGUGGUCAAUUGACAUACCUGUUCUGGCGGUCUGCCUACCUGAGCAUGUGCUUCAGCACGCGCAACCGAAUCCUCGUCAUCAUGGACUGGACCAAGUCAUACCUGUUCGGUCGUGAUGUCUCACGGGAAUAGAUGUGACGCUCCUUGUGGCGGAAAGCCUCCGAAGCGCCAUAUCCAAUGCUAGACUUCUUUCUCUUCUUGGCCUCCCAGCACAAGCCCGUUCCGCAGCCUGAUUUGCGCUGGAGGUGUGCGACCGAUGCAAGGCUCUGUAUUUUGAUAUAGAUUAUGAUACUUCUUCCCGGCUCGCAUGCAUCGUCGGACCUGAGCACAGACGACUUCCAAUGGUCGCGGUGGGAUUGCUGGAUAUCUAGAGGAGUGGCUGCGCUUCUUGCGCGCGCGCGUUAGCGAUAGAUAGAAUGGUAUUCAAUAUGUUCUAAUGAACUGCCCUGC